AUGGAACAAAGUAAAGAAAAUAACAAUGCAGUAAGACAGACAGUACCGACUAAAAUUUAUGAUGCUAGAAGCCACUCUCAAGUGAACUACAAUUUAAACGGAGGUAAUUAUCCAGAUAAUAAUCACAAUCUCUUCCAAAUGAUCAAAUGUCACGAAGACAGUCUACUAAGACUGCAUCACUUGACCGCUGGCCGACAAAACAGCACAUACGACAAUAACUAUCAAAACGAUUUAUCCUGGUACUCUAAAGACCUUCAACGCCAAUAUAUCAAACCAGUAGAUUACAUUUCAUACGAAGAUGUACGGAGAAAAUAUGAUGAAAGUAAAUUAAAAGAAAAGGAUUCACAAAAAGAGUCCGAAGAAGAAAGAGACGGGAAAACAGACGAAAGAAAGAAGCCAAGAAGAAAUCGGACUACAUUUACAAGUCAACAGUUGGCUGCUUUAGAGAAAGUGUUUGAAAAAACACAUUACCCUGAUGCGUUUGUUAGAGAAGAUUUAGCGGCGCGAGUUAACUUAACUGAAGCGAGAGUUCAGGUUUGGUUCCAAAAUAGACGAGCAAAGUUUCGUCGUAACGAGCGUUCCGCUUUAUCAUCUCAUCGAAGUUCCACAAGCCAUAACUCACCAGAACCAAUACCUGUACCGAUUGGUAUCCCGCAUCAAACCGACCCUAGGCAAGAUUAUACAAGGAACACCAAAGAACCGUGGCUUCACCAUUUUCAAACAAAUAACCUAAAUUUCAAUCUUGGUAUUCCAUUAUCGAAUACCGGUUUAUAUCAAAAUGAUUAUUCAUUAAUGAUGCAAAACGUCGGAAAUCGACAGUACAUACCGAAUUCCAAUACAUUAAUGUCCCAAAACGUUUCAAAUUAUGGUGGAUCAACAGAAAACAGUUACGGCUCUUGCGCAUUGAUAGGGAGUUACAGCAAUCCAUUGCAACCGUCUCAUCAUAGUUCGUACAAUUUAAAUUUAAGAUUAAGACCGCACGAUUUUACAAUUAAUAAUAUAACAUUGUAAGAAAAGAAGCUUUACUAUUUUUGAUUCACGUUUAAAUUGCAAUAUUAGUGGCUUAUUAAUUGUAACGGUGGCGAUACCGCCUCACUUUACAAAUAAUCAAGAAAUAACUAAAUGUAAAAAUCGUUUUAUAUUUAGUUAUAGUAUUUUUCUCUCAUUUAGACUAAUUUCCUUCAGAGAUUCUGCUGUUGUACGAUUACACUAUUACAUCCGACGGCUCAUUUGAGGGACUAAUAAAACUUGUUAGUGAUCAAAUACUAAAUUUGAUUAAAAUUAGAAAAAAGACCAU